CAGAAACAUUCGGAAUGUAGUUUUAUCUUCUGAUCAUUCCGCAUGUUCAUCCCAUGUAUGCUUCAUUAGUCGGCUUAAUGUCUUUCUCAGCCAAGUAUGGGAGAAUUGCUUCCAAAAGGCGUGCUUUCAUUUGGUCAGCCUGACCUUAAUCUGGAAAAGUGUCUUUGAAACUCGGAAGCCGUAGUUUUGGGAGAGAAAUGCCGAUAGAUUUGUAUAUGCAUCCGAUGAGCAGUCCGUGCAGGGCUGUUUUAAUAACGGCUGAGCAAUUAGGGAUUAAAUUUAAUAAAAAGAUUGUUGAUGUUCUUACUGGAGAGCAGUUUACACCGGAAUAUAUGAAGAUCAAUCCUCAACAUUGCGUUCCAACAAUAAACGAUGAUGGGUUCUUCCUCUGGGAAAGUAGAGCGAUACUCAAAUAUCUUGUGAACCAGUAUGCACCAAACAGUCUUCUCUAUCCUAAAAAUCCCAAAAUAAGAGCUACAGUGGACAGAUUGCUUUAUUUUGAUAUAGAUGUCCUUUAUAAAGCGCAGCAAGAGGUUUUGUACCCUACCAUUUCUAAAGGAGAAACUGCCGAUUCGGAAAAGCAAGAAGCUUACAAAAAGGCCUUAGAAUAUUUAGAGAUGUUCCUUUCCAAGACUGCUUACGUAGCUGGUAAUUCUGUGACGAUUGCCGAUUAUUCUAUCUUGGCUAGCAUUACGUCGACUGAGGUAUGCUAAUUUAUCUUUUCAUGCACUAUUUUACUUCACUGAAUUCAUCUUCAUUGUGUUGUUUCAUUUUUAAAUCAUGUUAUGAAAUAAUAAUCAGAAUAAAUAUACACCUCUAUGUUUUGCGUUAUAGAAAAGGA